AUGCGAUUGGAGUGGAUGUUGUUGGACAUACCAAAAUUUGUGCCACCCUGUCCGAGUCAGUACCUGCCAAAAAACGGGGUAGCGACGAAGCGGAGAGUAACUGGCGAUUGUGGCUUUGGUGGUAGUCUUGUCCACGGUCGUAAUCGCGUCUCCGCUUCUGUCGAUGGUGUCACAGGUGGCGAUGGCAAAGCAGUGAGGUGCCACCAGCCGAAUGAGGAGGAAGGAUCGAAUGUGGGUGUGCGGGCACCGUUGGGUGAAUCAACAACUCCUUCAUAG